CGCUCUCCAACUCGGCGGCCAUCCGGGCCGAGAUCCAGCGCUUCGAGUCCGUGCAUCCCAAUAUCUACGCCAUCUACGAUCUGAUCGAGCGCAUGGAGGACUUGGCACUGCAGAACCAGAUCCGGGAGCACGUCAUCUCCAUCGAGGACUCCUUUGUGAACAGCCAGGAGUGGACCCUGAGCCGCUCGGUGCCGGAGCUUAAAGUGGGCAUUGUGGGGAACCUGUCUAGUGGAAAGUCAGCCCUUGUGCACCGUUAUCUGACGGGGACCUAUGUCCAGGAGGAGUCCCCUGAAGGGGGUCGGUUUAAGAAGGAGAUUGUGGUGGAUGGCCAGAGUUACCUGCUGCUGAUCCGAGAUGAAGGAGGCCCACCUGAGCUCCAGUUUGCUGCCUGGGUGGACGCGGUGGUGUUUGUGUUCAGCCUGGAGGAUGAGAUCAGCUUCCAGACGGUGUACAACUACUUUCUGCGCCUCUGCAGCUUCCGCAACGCCAGCGAGGUGCCCAUGGUGCUGGUGGGCACGCAGGAUGCCAUCAGUGCCGCAAACCCCCGGGUCAUCGACGACAGCAGGGCCCGCAAGCUGUCCACAGACUUGAAGCGCUGCACCUACUAUGAGACGUGCGCCACCUACGGGCUCAAUGUGGAGCGCGUCUUCCAGGACGUGGCCCAGAAGGUGGUGGCCUUGCGGAAGAAGCAGCAGCUGGCCAUCGGGCCCUGCAAGUCACUGCCCAACUCCCCCAGCCACUCGGCAGUGUCCGCCGCCUCCAUCCCGUCCGUGCACAUCAACCAGGCCACGAAUGGCGGCAGCAGCGCAUUCAGCGACUACUCGUCCUCAGUCCCCUCCACCCCCAGCAUCAGCCAGCGGGAGCUGCGCAUCGAGACCAUCGCUGCCUCCUCCACCCCCACACCCAUCCGCAAGCAGUCCAAGCGGCGUUCCAACAUCUUCACGUCUCGGAAGGGUGCCGACUUGGACCGGGAGAAAAAGGCUGCCGAGUGCAAGGUGGACAGUAUCGGGAGUGGCCGGGCCAUCCCCAUUAAACAGGGCAUCCUGCUGAAGCGGAGCGGCAAGUCCCUGAACAAGGAGUGGAAGAAGAAGUACGUGACGCUCUGUGACAACGGGCUGCUCACCUACCACCCCAGCCUGCAUGAUUACAUGCAGAACGUCCACGGCAAGGAGAUCGACCUGCUGCGGACAACAGUGAAAGUGCCAGGGAAGCGCCUGCCCCGAGCCACGCCAGCCACAGCCCCCGGCACCAGCCCCCGGGCCAACGGGCUGGCCUUGGAUCGGAGUAACACGCAGCUGGGUGGGGGCACAGGCGCCCCCCACUCGGCCAGCAGUCCUGCCUGGGCUGGCCUGCGUCCCGAGGGGCUGCACCAGCGCUCCUGCUCCGUUUCCAGUGCCGACCAGUGGAGUGAGGCUGCUGCCCUGCCCCCAGCCAGUGGCCCAGCUGAGGUGCUCGGUUCCAGCCCCAAGCUGGAGCCUCCCCCAUCUCCCCACUCCAACCGGAAGAAGCACCGGAGGAAAAAGAGCACCGGGACCCCCCGACCAGACGGCCCCAGCAGUGCUGCCGAAGACGUGGAGGAGUCCUUUGAAUUUGUGGUGGUGUCCCUCACCGGGCAGACGUGGCACUUCGAGGCCUCGACAGCAGAGGAGCGGGAGCUGUGGGUACAGAGCGUGCAGGCCCAGAUCCUCGCCAGCCUGCAGGGCUGCCGCAGCGCCAAGGACAAGACUCGACUGGGGAACCAGAAUACAGCUCUGGCUGUGCAGGCCGUCCGCACUGUUCGUGGCAACAGCUUCUGUAUCGACUGCGACGCCCCCAAUCCAGACUGGGCCAGCCUGAACCUGGGCGCCCUGAUGUGUAUCGAGUGCUCAGGGACCCACCGACACCUUGGGGCUCACUUGUCUCGGGUCCGUUCCCUUGACCUCGAUGACUGGCCACCUGAGUUGCUGGCUGUCAUGACUGCCAUGGGCAAUGCCCUGGCCAAUAGCGUCUGGGAGGGGGCUCUGGAUGGCUAUGCAAAGCCAGGGCCUGACGCCUGCAGAGAGGAGAAGGAGCGCUGGAUCCGGGCCAAGUACGAACAGAAGCUCUUCCUGGCCCCACUGCCGAGCUCAGAUGUGCCACUGGGGCAGCAGCUGCUCCGGGCCGUGGUGGAGGACGACCUGCGGCUGUUGGUGAUGCUUCUGGCACAUGGGUCCAAGGAGGAGGUGAACGAGACUUACGGGGAUGGGGACGGGCGGACGGCUCUGCAUCUCUCCAGUGCCAUGGCCAAUGUUGUCUUCACACAGCUGCUCAUCUGGUAUGGGGUGGACGUGAGGAGUCGGGAUGCCCGGGGCUUGACUCCACUGGCCUAUGCUCGCCGGGCUGGAAGCCAGGAGUGUGCAGACAUUUUGAUCCAGCAUGGCUGCCCUGGGGAGGGCUGUGGCUUAACACCUACCCCCAACAGAGAGCCUGCCAAUGGCACCAACACCUCUGCUGAGCUGCACCGAAGCCCUAGCCUCCUUUAAGGCCCAGGAAGAGGGCAGUGGUCAGAAGGACUCCAUACCCUGGGUACCUCCUCCCAAUAGGCACUGGGGAAAACAAAUACAGAGACUGAGAAGUAGAGACAUGCAGAAAGGAAGAAGGAGACAAACAGCUAAAUGGGGGAGACAGAUCAGAGGAGACGUCUGGGAUUUGAGCUGCAGCAGAGAGGGUGUGGAGGUAUUUAGCCUUCUGCCCUACGGUGCCAUUGAGAAGGGACAGGACCCUUUGGAGGUACCUGUAAGGAGAGGGGAGCAGGACCUCUCCCUCCUCCAGAUUGCUACCCUCCAGUGCCAGCCCCCUGCGAACUUCAUCUCAAAGUGGAGCCUGGAUAGAGCACAGGUUGGGGGUGCUGGAUGAAAUACAAGGGGGUGAUCUGUGAGUCCCAUGUAAAUUUGUACAUUCAAAUAUUUAUGUUUGUGUACAUAUUUGGUGUGAGUGUAUGAUGAGCCAAUAAACCAGACUGUGUGGUCUUGUUUC